UUCUGAUGGACAGCGAUCGAGUUUUCUCUCCAAGUUUACUUGCUGAGAGACCGUCAGUGUCAAGUGUCACUGUCAAUCUUGCCUUUUUUUCCAUUGGCUGAAGGUGACAUUAACACCCGCACUCUUGUCAGCUCGCCUGCAUCUGUACUUGUGGAAUGAUGGCUGAGCUCAGGAUAGGAAAGGGUGUCGUAUUAGAAGGACUUCUGAACAGUCCCUAUAGUAAGCCUUUUCUCAAGAGACGAUGCCUCAGUGACACCUCAGACCUAUUUGCUAUGAUUGAGCGGAUGCAGGGGUACAGAAUGGAUGAGCAAAGAUGCCCCUUCCCUCCUCCCCUCAAAACAGAAGAGGACUACAUUCCUUAUCCAAGUGUUCAUGAGGUUCUGGGUCGCAGUAGCCCUUUUCCCCUCAUCCUGCUGCCCCAGUUUGGAGGCUACUGGAUUGAAGGAACCAAUCAUGAGCCCAAAGACCCGCCAGAUGCUGAUCUCCCUCCCUGUCCAGCCUCCCACAUUAAACUGGAGACAAACAGCACUGCCAAGAUCUACAGGAAGAACUUCAUGGGCAAGGAACACUUUAAUUACUACACGAUGGAUGCUGCCCUCGGCCACUUGGUCUUCUCAAUGAAGUAUGAAGUCAUUGGGGAUCAAGAGCAUCUGCGCUUGAUGCUACGCACAAAAUACAAAACACACCAUGAUGUGAUCCCCAUUUCCUGCCUUACUGAGUUUCCCAAUGUGGUUCAGAUGGCAAAGCUUGUUUGUGAAGAGGUAAAUGUGGAUAGGUUUUACCCUGUCCUCUAUCCAAAGGCUUCAAGACUCAUUGUCACCUUUGAUGAGCAUGUAAUCAGCAACAACUUCAAGUUUGGAGUCAUUUAUCAAAAGUUUGGCCAGACAUCAGAGGAGGAGUUGUUUGGGAACAUGAAAGAAAGUCCAGCCUUCAUUGAGUUUCUGGAGUUUUUGGGGACAAAGAUUGAGCUUCAUGACUUUAAAGGUUUUCGAGGUGGGCUUGAUGUCACUCACGGACAGACGGGGAUGGAAUCAGUUUACACAAAUUUCCAUAAUAAGGAGAUUAUGUUUCAUGUGUCCACCAAACUGCCUUAUACGGAAGGAGACUCACAGCAGCUGCAGAGGAAGAGGCACAUAGGCAACGAUAUUGUAGCCAUUGUGUUCCAGGAGGAAAACACUCCCUUUGUACCGGACAUGAUCCAAUCCAACUUCUUGCAUGCGUAUGUUGUGGUGCAGGUGGAGAACGCAUGUUCAGAUAAUGUUACAUACAAGGUAUCAGUCACAGCUAGAGAUGAUGUACCUUUCUUUGGACCUGCUCUACCUGACCCUGCCAUCUUCAGAAAGGGCCCUGAAUUCCAUGAGUUCCUCUUCACAAAGCUUAUCAAUGCGGAGUACGCCUGCUACAAGGCUGAGAAGUUUGCAAAGCUUGAGGAGCGAACACGUUCAGCCCUGCUGGAAACAUUGUAUGAGGAGCUGCACAUUAACAGCCAGUCCAUGAUGGGUCUGGGUGGGGACGAAGAUAAGCUGGAGAACGGAGGGGGAGGUGGUGGUGGAGGGGGCGGCUUCUUCGAGUCCUUUAAGCGGGUCAUCCGCAGCAGAAGCCAGUCAAUGGACGCCAUGGGUCUCAGUAACAAGAAGUCACACACAGUCUCCACUAGUCACAGUGGCAGCUUUACCCAUAAUCCCGCAGAGAGCCCCAAAACUCCAGGGAUUUCAUUGCUUGUCGCGGGAAAAAGUCCCAGUAAAUAUGGACGCCGAGGCAGUGCCAUAGGGAUAGGAACAAUAGAAGAGUCAUUGAUUAUUCCUGGGAAAAGCCCAACCAGAAAAAAGUCUGGACCUUUUAGCUCGCGCCGCAGCAGUGCCAUUGGCAUCGAGAACAUCCAGGAGGUCCAAGAAAGGAGCCGAGAGGUCUCUCCCAACACACAGAAAACUCCAGACUGCAGCCACUUGUCACAAGAAAACAAAUCAGGCAACUCCUCCGCCCACAGUUCUCCAGAGUUUGCAGCCUCAAAGAACAGUCUGGCGAUGUGUUGCAGAGCGCCUUCCAUCCCCGAGGCUCAGGACUUGUCUCGCUCCUCCUCCAACGCCAGCAGCUUCGCCAGCGUUGUGGAGGAGCAUGAGGCCGAAGAGGAAUAUGAAACUGGACUGGAAAGUGUGUCUUGUGUUACUCCAGUAAAAAAAGAUUCGUUUGUUUAUGGGUCUGCCGUGGAGGACAGUUCUUGCAGCCAAGGACGUUUUUCAGCUUCCCGUCUUCAGCAGCAAGCAGACGAGGUGAAGACGUCGGAGCCAAAAGGGACAGACAGCCAGCCCAAGACAGAGCGCCCCCAGCAGGAGCAGAAGCUGUCGUCGAACUGUUAGCUGCUGUCUUCUGAUCACCAUGUUGGCAUCCAUUUAAAGAGAUCUUAUUUCAUAUAAAAGAAGAGAUAAAGACAACCGAAGAAGGGCAAGAGAUGUCCGAAGCUGAUGUAGAGAUGAUGUAGGGGCUGAGCAAGCGAUGGACAGAUCCUCCCUUGAUUGUUCUACACGGAUCUGCUGUUUAUCAGGACAGACAUCCAGCUGCCUGGACAUGUAUCGACCUCUAGACCUCAUUCCGUCCUCCAUGUGGAAAACCUUGUGCUCAAGUGAAAGCAGCAGUGACACUGACUGUCCUUUGGCAGCUGGCUCAGCACAGUAAAUCUGCUCACCUGUCCAUUCUUUAGGCCAGUAAGCAUUGAUUGUUACUGUAAACAAACUCUCAGACAUUGUGGCUCUUCUAUCAAAGACCUGUCUUUUUUGUGAAUAAGAUAGAAUGAGAAAAUUCACAACAAUCCAACAGAUUGGGUUUGUCAAGCUUGUAUAGAGUACUGUAAGCAGUUUCCUCCUUACAAAUUUCUCUCUUUUUAAAUUUUUUUUGUCAUUUGUAUUUCAGAUCAUUUGAAACAUAUUAGAUCAAAUAAAUUUACCCUGGUUUGAUGCAAAUCACAAUUUUUAAAUAAUUUCAGUUAUUGAAGUAUAAAAUACAUCUCAUCUUAUCCAAACCAAUUAGGCUCUAUGUAAAGAUAAUUUACCCCUAAAACUAAUAACUGGUUUUGCAAUCCAUGGCAGUAACAACCACUAUCAAGUAUUUCCAACAACUUAAUCAGCCUUUUACAUUACUGUGGAUGAAUUUUGUCCCACUCUGAAUUUCUUUAAUUCAGCCACAUUGGGGUGUUUUUAAAUUUGAGCGACCAGUUAGGUGUCACAUCUGAAAUUAAUUUUAGUUUAGACUUUGACUAGACCACUGUAAAAUCUGAAUAAGGUUUUUUUUUUUUUUUUUUUUUUUGCCAUUCAGAAGUGUUGAUCUCAUUGUUUCGUGUUUUCUUAAGCUGCGGAGAACAAUUCUCACUGUGUUUUGCUGGAAUUCCAAAAGCAUUUAAAUUAGUUCUGUAGCCAUUUCCAGAUGGAUAGAUGUUAAUAACUUGACAUCUAUCCAUGCCUAUUAUGUUCUUCAACUUGUUUUAUUUGGUUUGAGGCCUUUUGGCCUACUUCAUGUUGUCAGAUAGGUUCCAUGAAAGAUAAUUCCAAGAGUUGGGCAGUAAUGGAGUCUAAUUGUGGUUAGGAAACCUGAACCAAAAAUAUGACAGUUGCAGUUGGAUUGUGAUUUAGACUGUGGGGGACUCAAUUAUAUUAUUUUCACUGAGAGUCACAUUGGUUUGGAUGGCACUUUUCCCCUUAACUGAAAUCAUAAUUUGAAUAUUACUUUAUGUGUUUACUCGGGUUAUCUUUGUCUUUUGUUAAAAUACGUUUGAUUCAAAAUAUUUAAAUGUGACAAAUAUGUAAGGAGGGCACUACAUUUUUCUUUUUAUUGAUGUCUAACUUACAUCCCACUGUGACAAUGUACAUAAGUUUAACUUUAAUGUACUAAGUGACUGUGGCUUUAUGUCAGGCCAAGUUCUGUUUUAAUGACAUUACUUUUGUAGGUUUUCUGCUGUUAUUUGUUGUGCUGUACAACAAUCUUGGCAUAUUUGUUUUCUGCAGGAGGUUGAUGCUAUUACUAGUGGCUCUGUAAGUCUCCUUGCCCUUGUUUUGUAAACUAUGGGUGAAGUUAGACCUAUGGUGAAAUUGUCAGAAAAAUAGGAAAAUAUUUUCAAGAUAUGUUGCAAAAUCUCUCCAGAUGCUCUUUGUUAAACACCAACUGUUGAUGUCUGUGUACAGGUGUAUUCAACGCUACUGUGCAUGGUGAAAGUCUGCUUGCCAAAGCCCCCUUCUUUUUCUCUGCAAACCGACACAAUUCACACAAAGGGAUUAUCCUUGUAAUUUGUGUUUUAUCCUGAACCAGCCAACAUCUCCAGAUGCAAUGCACAAUGCUGACAGUAAGCCAAAUGUCACUGUACCCAUCCUUAUUUGUAAAGUGUAAUAUAUAUAAAUAACUGUGACCUACUGUAAGCACUACAUUUCAGUUGUUUUUAAAAUGCUGACCUUUUUGAAAAGCCUUGGUUGGUUGCUGAGAAUUGAUCACACUGUGAUUUGUCUUGAAGUUGCCUUUUUAAUUGUGUCACAAGAGCUGCUCUGUGGGAAGGUCAUAUUUAAAGGCACUAUGUUGCCAGAUGAAUGUAAAACUAACUAGAAAUUAGUUUAAUUAAAAAGGGAGAGACAGUUGAGACAAUUUAUUUCAGUAAAUUUUCAGAAUAUAUUUAUUAUGUAGUUAGAUGGAAGCAUUUAUAUUGCAUACAAAGAAAAAAGAAUUUUAAGACAGAAGCAAAGCAUAUAAUGUAUUCAUUAAGGCUCUUUAUAGUGACAAAAAUAAAGUGGCAUAGAAAAAUAAAUGAUAAAAACUAGUAAAUAUAAUGCAAAAAUAUCCUUUAAGCAGAUCUUUAAGAAAAAAAACUUGGAUAUUGAAAAGACUGGAGUAGGUAACGCCUGCCCUCUUGUGGCUCGAUAUUGUUAUUGCAUAUUAUAUGUGGUACCAUCAUUCGAGUGUACGUGUUUGCACUGUAUACCAGUGUAUAUCGGCCACAAAAACAUAGAAAGAAAUUUGCUGUGCUUAAUUCAAAUUAUUCUAUUUCUGUUCUCAUCAACUGUUGGCUUAAACCCUUGUUAAAAAAAAAACAACUUGUUUGUAAAUAUUGCUUUUCAUCUUUUUUUGUAAAUGGAAUCAAGAAGGUUUAAUAAAAAUGAACACCACGA